AUGCCAAGUAAGGAGAGCCAAUUUCAGAAGAGUGGUACGGCUAAGGGUCUCUACAAGCGUCUUUGUGCAUGCACACACAAUCCCUUCGUCUGGAAUGACGUAGUCCUGGUCGCAAAUUUCCUGCAGAGCUUCACAGGCCUUGAGAACCAGACUGGCGUCGUCGCUGAUUUCCUUGUCGGAAACCUUUCCGGAGUGAAGCACCCGUAA